AUGUCUAAUGAGGGAGAAAAUUGGGACUUUAUGAAGGUGGCGCCUGUUUUAACAGGGCCUUUUUUCAUAGUGAUUGGUUAUAGGUUUCUUGCUUUGUGGUAUAGAAGAAAAGAAGCCAAUGAAAUAUCUCAGCUUGAAAGUUUAAGGGCCCAACAAAGUCUUAAAGUGGAAGAAUUGAAAAAGAAAACUGGUUAUUACACAACUAAAACUUUGUUAGAAAGAUAUGAUUCACCAACAAGACUUCCAACAAAUCAACAGCCAAUGUCUCCUGGUCAAAAAAAUCCAUUAACAACAACGACACCUGGUAGUCUAAAACCUGGUACACCAAAUUCUUUGCCUUCAAGAUCUACAAGUAGGAAAAGAAAAGGUAGCCAUCAUCGCAGUAGUGCUGAGAAUGAUGACAAUGAAGGCUUUGAAGAUAAUAGAUUUAAGCAUUAUAAUGUUAAAGAUGGAAUUGAUGAUAAUAAUGAAUAA